UUGGUGUCGUACAUGCAUUUCAAUACGGGACAUGAGAUGACAGGGAAACGGAUGAUCAACAUGGAUUAACAAACCAAAAGCGCCUCUUUAUGUUGUAUGAUGUUCACAAAGCACUCAUGAGUUUGCAUGAUUCUCAGAAAAAGGACUCGAAAGAUUAUUUAGUUUCUGGAAUAUUUUCAGAGAUUCCGGCAAAUCGCACAUGUGCAGACUUGUACAUGCUCCCCUUAACAAGAUGCAAAUGUGAAGGUUUUGAUGAAGCAAUUCUAGUAAACGACAAUGCGAACGAUCACAUGUGGUUGGCAGAAUUUGCUGUGGGAUACAUUAACAAUGCUAUUCAAAAACAAUACAUGAGCGGAAUUAGUGACUCAAAGAAACAGUUUGGCUACGGAAACUGCCAGCGCUUAGUUGGAAAAUCAUUUAAGAAGGUUGUCAAACGAUUUCGAGGAGAAUACAUCCUGACUUCCAUGGACAUUCACGUGUUCCCUCCAGCCGGAUACACGGAAGAUGAAGUCUAUAAAGUCUCUGUUAAACAGUUUGCAAAACCAAAGCAAGGAGUAUUUUUCCUUAGUUCUAUCCGGCAAACGAU